AUGGAAGUGCUGGUAGACCGCUACGUGCGAGUCACCCACGAACUAAAAGAGAUGAUCCAAGAGAUGGGAGCCCAGCCUCUGGAUCUGAGGGUAGCCUCCGUGCUCAAGGCCCUCCCGCCGUGCAGCAGCACAAGGCAGAGGGACGCCCAAGAACAGAGCGUCCUCGACGCAGAGAUGAGGCGGUACCGGGCGGAGGUCGAGGAGCCGGCGUUCGCGAUCCUGCGCGAGCGCAAAGCCUCCGGCUCCAGCGGCAGCAGGAUGCACAAGGAGCCGGUGACGUUCAGCCCCUCCGGCAACUACCCCGAGGUACUGGACGGCAUCGACCUACGUCUCCCUGCUGAGCUCCCCGCACCCCCAGGCGUGACCCCUUUGACGCUUGCCAUCUCCUGGCCGCCCGGCCAUCACCUGCGGAGUUAUCCGAUGACCGGCUUCAUCUCGAGCUGUCACGACGGCUAUCUCGCGCUCCACUUCGGCAACUACCUCUCCGGUUUAUCUUCCACAGGGUGUUACCUGGUGAUCGACACCUGCGCAAACUCGAUUGCCAUCAUCCCGCCGCUGCCUCCCAGCUGCUUUACCACCACACCAAGUCCCACGGCAGCAUUGGAUCCGGGGUCGGCAUCGGCAUCCUACGACACCAGAGCAGACAUGGGCUAUACGUCCUCGUCGAGCUCUACCUCCGCCGCCGUAAAGACGACGACCUCGGCGGCUUCUCAAACAAGGCAGCUCUGUUCAUGUGGUGGGAUCUUGGUCUGCAAUGGCAUCCACAGGCUCGCCGACGGAAGUGCAGAUGAUGACUGCUUGGUGUUCCACUUCAUCCCGUUGCCCGAGGAAUGUACCAUCACACCUGACCGGCGGAGCAAGGCCGAGCACUCACGCUCCAUGUCCCCUGUGGAUCCUCAGCAUAUGGUUUUCGUCUGCAUGGACGACAAGGCAAUGCUCACGACAUGGAGACUCAGGUUUCCCCUGACGACCCAAGACUGGUUCUGGGAGAAGGGGCAACCCUUGUGCAUCCCAGACUUGUUGGACAAACUUCCAAUCGCCAAGGGUGACCCCAAGCUGCAGCGACUCACGCCCAGGUGUCCUGUCAUCAGCUGGAAGCAACCAGAUGUCAUCUACAUCUUCGUUACCGAGUUUGAGUAUAAGGAUGAGCAUAAGAAGUGGGAAAUCCAAGGAUAUUAUGAGUUCUCCGCCAACAUUCAAAACGGACUACUCUCUGUGUUCGAAUUCCCUCCUUCAGGAAGCCAACCUUUUCCUCACGCACGCAUCUGCGCUACCCACAUGAGAGCUACUUCCUAG